UUGCAGACAAAGACUACCGUAAUUUUAGACUUCACAUAGCAGCUUUAGCGUCUUGUUUAUUUCUAUUGGUUUAUCAGCGAUGCCGCCUAAAAAGACAGCAGCGGACUCUGCAGAACCUCCUGUGUCGUCCUCCAGUGAUGCCGCGGUGGAAGACAAAAAAUCAGAUGCUGCGGCUCUGCGCAAACUUGCAACUCACCCCUCCACAGCGAUUAUGGUGAAAGAAGCACUUAAAGAGUUGGACUCGCGCAAAGGGGUUUCAUCCCAAGCCAUACAAAACUACAUUAAACAGAAAUACCCCUCGGUGGAUUUGGUGAGGUUGAAGCACUUGGUCCGCAGAGCCUUGAAAAAGGGAAUCGAGACUGGCACAUUGGUGCGGCCAGCAAACUCCAGUGUCACUACAGGCGCAAUGGGAAAAUUCAGGCUUGCACCAAAAGUCAAAGAUGCAAAAACUGAGAACACCGAUCCCAAUGUUCAAAAGGUUCCCAAAGCAGCAAAGGAUGGCGCCAAGAAGCCCCAAAAAACAGGUGGAACAAAGAAGAAAGAUGCUGCCAAAGAUCAGGCCAAGUCAGACGAGGACCCGAAGCCUCCCAAAAAGUCAAAGAAAGACAAAGGGGCUACUACUUCAACAAAGGUUGCUCCAGCAAAGAAGCCAAAAGCUAAAAAAGCAGCAGAGAAAGGGGAAGACGAGGGAGCCUCUGAUUCAGCCAAAACUAAAGCGGCAAAAACCACUAAGGCAGCAAAGGCUGAAAAGCCUGAGAAGGCACAUAAGGCGCCCAAGAGUAAAGCUGCUAAAGCAAAUGGUGAUGCCCCUGCUUCUAAAGCAACUAAACGAGGGAAGAAGGAUGCAGAGUAACUUUAAUUCUUGAACUAAUUUUAUACUGUUUGUUUUGCAAUAAAAUCUUAAUUUUUGGA